GAAUCAAGAUCAUCAUCCUUUUGGCUCUUGAGUUUUGGAACAGCAGAAAGCAGUUGUCUUCUGAACUUGUCUGUUUAAUAUUAUCAAAUUUAUUGACAGUAACUUCUGACUUGAAUGUGCAUUUACUUUUAGGUCAACACUGACCAUUUCAGUUUAUUUAUCACAAAAUUUUCACGUUCAGGCCGAUAGGCUAUAAAGACAGACCUGAUCACUCUUCUUUUUGCCCUUUUUAUCCAUUUUUUUCCUUUGCAUUUUUGAUGCUUGGCCUUUUCCAUUUGCUAUCUAUAAUCAGUAGGCUUUUUUUCCGGAGUUGCAGAGUAUUUGACUUUUUUUGGAAUAAAUUUAUACAUGGACUUUCCUGAUGGUAAAUCAACAUUCAGUCGUUCUGCCUGUCACUGAAAAUUGCUGUAGAAUGUUCAAAGCUGCUGGAUCUUGCAUACUUUACAUGUUUAGAAACAAUUUACAAAACUGCAUUCAUUUCUGAUGGGCUUGUUUUUGGAAAAUUAUAUACUGAUAAGUUGGUCAUUUAUUCAUGCUGUAUUUCGUGCUGAGGAUGAAACCUUUUUUUUGUAUACACUUGGUUUUUUGGAAACUGAUUAAAGAACUUGCCCAAAGAUCUUGUGGCUUUUAAUCAACCGUAAGUGCUAUAGUGAAUCCUGUUAACAGAAGUUUGGGGUGUCUGGAUGAAGAACAUGUAAUCCAAUUAUUAACUUAUUACUAUUUGCACUUUAAGCUCAAUAUUUUUUUAUUUAGUGCAUGAAGAUUUACCAAAAAGUACGAGGAAAUCAAAUACAUUCCUAAAAAGCAAUUAGUUUAUAUAAUAGCUCUAUGAUUAAAAACCUUUCUAUAGUGGUAGAAAUUCAGAUUUGACAAGAUUAGAAACCACUGAGUACCCUAUACUUUGAACAGUGAGGAUAUUUGGGACUGACAUUUUGGAGGUGAUAUGCAAGGAAAAUGAAAUCAUGGUCUUUUUACAAAUUAUUUCUUCCUUAAGACGUUACCCUAGUACUCCCACUCUCUAGCUGAGCUCAUCUUUAUUAAACUUUUAUUAAACUAAAACCUUGUAUCAUUAAAUUUAUUUUUUAGGAAAGCAUUUUAGUUUAAAUAUAAGAAACCACUUGGCUCACUCUAUUUAACUAGUAUAUUAACAAAUUGUGAUGUGACUAAUUUUAUAGAUAAAGGAAUGUCCAUUAUAGAUUAAACAACCGUGUUAGUGUGAUUAAUUAAAAUGAAUUCAUUUUGCAUAACUGUUCAAGAAAUUCCCAACACCAUUGUGGAAAAGUAGCCAAUUGACACUUUGGGUGGAGAUGUAAAUCACUGUUCUAUCAAAAUGCUGAAGAUUUUUAAAAUGGUUCUAGUUUGGAACUUAAACUCUUCCACCUUUCUCCCCUUCCCCAAGUAUUUUGGAUUCUCACCUGUGAGUACUUCCUGCUUGCAUUGACCUUUUAACCCUGUGCAGUAAUAACAUUAAGAUAUCAACCCAUAUUUCCUGUCAAAGAUUUUUCAUAUACUUUAUAAAGUCAAGAUUUUUGCUGGCUCUGAUGAAAGUAGUGGCAUUGAAGAAUGACGUAUUCCUCCUGCAAAGAAACUUCAGCUGGUUAUGACUAAUGCACCAAUGGAUAUAAGCAUAGCCUCGAGAAUAAAAAAAGGUGAAGAGAAAAGACUUGUGGUUCAAUUUUUGGAAGAGAUGAUGUCGCAUUCAAUGAAUGUGAAGCAGAAUGUCGGACGAAGGCAAGCUCUUUGUCGGUGGACUCAACUUCGACACGAACGAGCAGUCGCUGGAAUCCGUCUUCUCCAAAUAUGGGCAGAUCUCCGAAGUUAUUGUCAUUAAAGACCGGGAGACACAACGAUCAAGGGGUUUUGGUUUCGUCACGUUUGAAAAUCCUGAUGAUGCAAAGGAUGCUAUGUUAGCUAUGAAUGGGAAGUCUAUUGAUGGGCGUCAGAUUAGAGUGGAUCAAGCUGGAAAAUCCUCUGGAGACCGUUCCCGGGGUUAUAGAGGUGGAAAUGCAAGCAGCCGUGGGUCUUUCCGUGGUGGGUCUGGGCGUCGAACACGAGGGUUUUCUAGAGGCAGUGGUGGAGACAGAGGGUACGUCGGACGCUAUGAUUCAAGAAGUGGUUACUCGGGAUCGAAGGAUUACCAAAACAAAGAUAGGAGUCAAUGGAGCUAUGGCGGUAGUGGCUCUUACCGGGACAGUUAUGACAGUUAAGCUACACACAACGAAUAAAUAAAUCUUCUUGACUCAAGAUCGUCCUUCCUAUGGCUGUAUUUAUAAAGAUUUUCGAAGCUUCGUGGAAUCGCAUUGUGUACUUGUAUUCUCAUACCUUGUAGUAUUUCAGUUUGGCCUUGUUAAUCACAGCCUGACAGCUUCUGACAUGAGGAUGCACACUUAAGUGUUGUCUCAGUAAUUUUGGAAUUAAACGAGCUAACAAACAGUAGCAUGCUCAGGCACUUGACAAAGCCCUCGUUAAUUUGCGUUUUUAAGCAAUAUUGCAAGGUUUUCAUUUUAGUUUAGAUCAGUUUCUUUAUUUUAAUGUUAACAUUGCUCAAAACAUUUCCAGAAAGUUUAGCUAUUUCUGAAUUGAGUGGAGGUGACUGGAAUUUUGGUGGGGAAAAAUGCAAAAAAGGGUUAACAGUGUGUUCUCAGUCUAUUUUUAUGGUAAGCAAACUGAUGUUUUAUAGAAGCUGAACAAGCUGUGGUGUUUAUUUCAAAAUAAAGGCUCAUAUAGCCACUUAUUCUUGUAAAAGGGUGUCAUUUGAAACGUUCCUUUAGUGUAGCAAGGUAGGAAAACAACAUGGGAACCGAAGAUAUUGCCUGCCUCUCAAACCGCCUUGAUACUGCUGAAGAUAAAUGGUAUCUUUUUUUACGUAAUUGGACAUCUGUGCAUCUUUCAGUAGUUUCAAGCGUUCUGUACACUGUAAACAAAGUUAAUCAUGUUCCAGAUUCUUCAAAAUUAACAUAUGAAGUUCUGAGCAAUGUAUCUUUAUAAGAUGGACAUGUACUGGAUGAGAAAUAUUUGGAAAUGGCUUUUUGUGUGUAUGUUCAAGUGGUUUAGAGUUGACCUUUUUGUACUGGAAACAGGCUUCACGAAGCCUCAUUAAAAGAAAUACCUGACUUAUAACGCUGAUCUUCCUGUAGUUGGAUUCUUGUGGGAUGUGAUAUAGUGGAAAGAGUAUAGGAAAUGUUAACUCCAUAGUUGGAAAAACAGUGGGCGAAAGGAAAUUUUAUAAUUGAAUGUUGCCGGGGGAGGUGUAGGGAAUGACCCUGGUGUUAGCAGUGAAGUUAAGUAUCACUGUUCAGUUGUCAGAGUAGAGCCAUGUAGUUGAUGCCCCACUUAACCUUCACAACUAAAAUAAAGGAUCAAAUUUCCCGCUAAGUUGUCUUGCCAUUACUGUAUAAAGUACCAUAGUGCAGUGUUAAAUAAUUUGGCCUGCACUAAAACCUCAACUGUCCCUUUGCAACAGUUAAAAGAAUAGAAAUAAAUCAGUACUGCUCAUUUUCUCCCAUGCUUGGCAUGCAUGAUGUCAUUACCAAUUUUGUGGUGCUGCGCUCUCCAUUACUUCAUUUUUGGAAAAGGGUAAAUUUUGAAGUGGAGGCUUCGUUUGUGCCAUUGCCAAAUUGGAGUAAAAAGCAUAUUUUUAAAAACUUUACGGCAGACAUUUCAGAAAGAAACAUCCCUUUUUUGAAAUCCUUCAAUCUUGUGUUCCUCAAAGGAUGGUGGCUUUGCAAUAAUGUUGAAACUUAUGAUAUCAAAAUAGAAAAUUUCCAUCUUUAACUUAAAUAUAAAGUUAUAAAACCAGUACUAAGAGCUGAAUGGUCUAGAACAGGAUCAGUUUAUGAUAAACACUGGGAUAAGUAUUCUAAUAAUUCAAAGGGAUUAUCUGCUGCUAUCAUAAAUUAAAUUUGGGCAUAUCUAAAUUUUGUGCAGUCAUCUGUUCAGGACGGUGUUCCAAGUCCAUUAAAGAUCUUUAUAACAAUUCACAACUUCUAAGGAUCUUUGCUAGCAUUUGGAAAGAAAUGGCCUUGGAGAACGAAGUGCUGUGCCACCUACAAUGAAACCUGUGAUGAAAACAGUACAUGGCUAAGUGCAAAUGUGGAUAUAGCCCUAGAUUUGAGAAUGAAAUAGUUGACUUCGUGUGAAUAAUGUUGAUAAUGGACCAGUGACAGAAUGCAAAAGCCUGUGGUGUCCCUAAUACGCUUAAUACGAAAGAAGCAAGCAAUUUCUGAAAUCCAAAAGUUUGAUGUGUGCAAUGCUGAGGAGAUAUAAAGGAAAAUAUCUUAGAAAUUGCAAGAAGAAAAUACGUAAGCAUUGUGCGCAGUCUGGAAUGUAAUGAAUUGCCUUUGUUAUAUCCACCGGCGAAGUAAGCAAGAAAAAAAUUGUGACUUUGCGGAGAAUAGGAGAUUCUGCUAGGCCUCUGAAUUGUAAAUAAAUUAAGGUUGCCGGAUAACUUUGGAGAGAUUACGACGGUCAGGCAACUGAAGUUAGCGCAAGGAUUUCCAGCCAUCUAAGCUGAAUCGAGAAGAUUCAGUCAAAACUUUGAGUUGGGAGGCAGAGGGGGGAGAGAAUUGUGUGAUUCUCUGCAUGUUACUGAAUGCUGUAUGAUGCAUCUGCAUGUGUUAAUAAUGGGAAAUGUUUUGGGUUUUUGCAAUGUAUUCAUAUUGUUCAUCCUCUUAACUUGGUGACUUUAACUGAAUCAAUAAAUAAACUAUUCCUUUGGA